AUGGACGAGCUUGCGACGCCGUCGCGACCAGAGAUAAUCGGCACUGCUCAAACGUCUCGCACAGGCUCGCCAGCCGGCGAUGCCAUAGCCCCAACGAGUGGGCAAUAUCUGGGCCCUACCUCCUCCCACUCAUUCCUGCGGCGCGCUUGGAGGCGCUUUGGACAGGACAUCGACCUGGAAUCACGUCAGGAUGCCUCGCAAGACGACACUCCGGUCUUUCUUGCUGGUGACAGAAGGGUACCCAUCCAAAACACCGCGAAUGUGACGCUGCCAGAUGAGACUCGGACGUCGGAGCUUCUUGCGAGGUACUUCCAAUUCGCCGCGCCAACAUACCGCUUUCUUCAUCAACCAACUGUACAGCGUUGGCUGAAAAGCUACCGCGCACAGGAGCGAGAUCCGACCGGCGAACAGAGACUGUCUCCUAUCCGCCAAGCUAUCGUCUUGAUGGUACUUGCAACCGCUUCUCUCUACGCCGUAGACUCUUCGCACACAAGAAUCGACACUUCUGUCGAAGAGUCUUGGGAGACAUGGCAGUCGGGAGAGUGCUUCCAUCAGGCAGCGCAAGAGAAGAUCCGCGACGAGACCGGCCGCAUCAGCAUCGAGUCUGUACAAGCCAGGCUGGCGUCAGUCCUGUAUCUCCUGAACACAUCCAGGCUUAACGGUGCUUGGUACAUGUUUGGCACGACGGUGCAGCUGGUCCAUGCCCUCGGUUUGCACCGGAGCCGAGUGAAGAUGGUGAGUCAAUCAGAUGCUAUUGUCCGUGAAUGUCGCAGGAGAUGCUUCUGGUCCGCGUUCACUCUCGACGUCUAUCUCAGCGUUAUGCUUGGCCGUCCGACGAUGAUACACGACGAUGACAUCGAUCAACUCCAUCCAGAGUCGGUCAACGACGACGAUAUUACCGCCGAGGGAAUCACAACCCACACCAUUCCCCGAGAUUCCAUUAUGGAUGCAUCUGUUUGUCAUGCCAAGCUGGCGAGGAUCGUCAAAGAGUCUUGCAGAGAACAGUAUGCGGUGCAGCGACCACGCGAGCAGCAACAGAUUGCAACAGCCCGGAGGCUCAACGGUGAAAUCAAUCAGUGGCGCGAUCGUCUCCCGGUCUUUCUUUCCGGCGCGAUACACCCAGCUAGCCUGAUUCCCAUCUUCCGACGGCAGCAUACCGUUCUGCGUUUGGCACGUGCACAUGCUAUUAUGCUGCUGAACAGGCCUUUGAUUCUCCAUCGAAAUCAAACACAACCCGGUAAGCUUGGAAGCAUCUGGAGGAGUGUAGUUCUGGGAAAUACCGUCGAGCGUGAUGAUGCUGCCAUCCUUCAGCUGCUUGCGCUAUCUGUCAUCUACGUUUACUUGAUUCAGCCCAACAAUGAUCAGAGUGACAGCCACAGAAAGUCGGAGCAAGGCAAGCUGUACGAUCUUGCAGAGACUGUGCAGCGUCACCUCGCUCAGGCAACCCAAUCUAACGCACCCAGUCUACGUUAUAGCAUCAUCUUGGAGGAGCUCCAGCAAGAGACCCGUCGCGUACUCGCAGCAGAAGAGGAGCCGAUUGGCGAUAACAUUACAGCGACCAGUGAUACAGGUGAAGGCGAGGGGCCGAUGCCAUGGACCGAUCUGGACUGGGAGACCUUAGGCGGAGACUUUUCCAGGGACGUUGACCUCUUCACUCAUUUGGACUCCUUCUUCUCGGGUCCAGAAGCGGUGUAA